ACAAAACACUGUACAAAACAAGAACAAGAAAGAGCCCGCGAAGAGGGAAGAGAAAUGGUGGAAGAGAUCGUCGGCGACGUCCCAUGUUCUUCCCUUGCCGUCGAUACAAUUCUUCGCGUCGGCACGUCCGGUAUGAUAUGGGGGAUAUGCGCCGGUCCUUACGAUGCCAAUAAGCUAGGUCUGACUGGAUUUUCUCGAGUUUCUUUCGUGGGCAAAACAGUUGGCAAAUUCGGCUUCCAAUGCGGACUUUUUGCUGGAAUUUUUUCUACAACCCGCUGUGGGAUUCAAACAUAUAGGAGGAAAAAUGAUUGGGUCAAUGCCCUAAUAGCAGGAGCUGUAGCUGGAGCAGCUAUUGGAGCAGGGACUCGUAAUUGGAGACAGGUUGCUGGAAUGGCUGGUCUAGGUUCUGCUAUUUGUGCUGCUGUUCAUCACACCUCAACAGAUUGAAGUGGCUUUGUUCCAAAUCUUUACCAACUAAUUUCAUCCUAACAUUUGAAAGGCAGAAUUCUUUCGAUGCGGACUUGCUUGUUAACCAUUGGCGCAGUCGAGUAGUAAAUUUUGAUAUUGGCAAGUGGGUUUUUGCUGCACCCCUUUAUAAUCAGUUUUGCAGAUGAUGGAUUGUAUUCAAUCUAACCUAAAUCUUCUUUUCUUUUUAACUUUUGAUCUGCUAGGUAGCAGUUUAUAGAGAUUAGUUAGACACUAUGAGCCUAUUGGGAUAAUGAUUCAUAUUAUAUCAUUGGUUUUGAGAU